UUUGUUUACAUGGGUUUUAAAGGGGCCGCGCUCGUUCCGGCGGGCGGGCGCUGGCGUAGGAGGUGGCGCAGCCUUUUGCUUCUGUGCGCGGUGAGGGCUCCCGGAUGGGGGCCGGGGUCGUCCCCACCUGGAACCCCUGCUCCCUGGGUAUUCCCCUCUGCCCACGUGUCUUUCCCCUUGACUUGCCCCUGGGACGACACCGCCACCAUCACCACCGCUGCCAACAGCAACAGCAAUCCGGCAGCGCACCUACUGUUAACCCCCCGGGGGGCUUCGGUGGUGCGCGGGGCCGACGCAUCCCCACAUACCUGCACUGUUCAUUAUUCUCCAAUACACUGUUUUCACAGUUGGAUUUAUGUUUGUAGUUUUCUGGUUUUCUGUUCGGGGCCAUUGCCCUCUGAUCAGAUUUUACCAGCGACCUAGUAGUGAUUUCCUUGUUUUCAUUUCUGUCGUUUUUGCCUGCAUAAGCAGUCAUGGAAAUAGCUUCCAAAUAGUGGUGAUGAUCAAAACACACAGAAGGCACUGUCUUAAUCUCCUGAAACCGAUUUCUAUCUUAACCAGUACUCUAGGCUACCUUCUCAAAGGGGUCAGAUGCUGGGAGGGGUGCUGCUGGUGGUCAUUAGGACCCCUGGGCUCAGGUUGGUAGGACAGCUAAUUCCAAUUCCUGCUUUUCCCAUUAUGAGUUACCUGUGUUAGAUAAGCAAGUUCUUCUUUAACACUGGAUUCUACUCUAGUUUCUAUUCAAUGCCCCUACUUUAGAUCUCCCCUCGCCCCCACAUUCGAUCUUAAGUAGAUUUCCAGAGCGUUGGUUAUUUGAAGUCUGUGAUUUACUGGGUGCUACUAUGUAUAAUCCAAAUUACGGUGGUAGUAAAUUACACACCUUUUAUGUUCGUAUAUAGUGGUAUGGUGCUCUUGAUUCUCCUAGUGUGUCUUCCUGAUUCACAAAGGUAGGACGUGUAAAAACUACAUUACCCAGACUCCUUUGUAGCAAAGGUUCUGUAUGCAAGAUUGGCUCAGUCAGUGAGACUCAGAAAAGAUUUAGGAGGCAUAAGUGAGGCAGAGCUUUAGACUCAUUUCUGGGGAGCCCAAUGCGCCUAACAUCUCUUGGUUUCUAUACUUGUUGUAUUCCAGCCCCGCCCCCCCUUAAGCACUAUGAGUGUAAAGAAGCAGGGAUUGUGGAGGGUCAGGGGCCUCCUAGCCUUGAGUUACACUAAGGUGGUAUAUUCUUGGAAUUCUUAUUUCAGUGGUCAUCUUUGGAUUCCCUCCUUGACUGAUUGGGGAGAGGUUACAGCUUCCUGGCUCAGAUUUGUGUCUUUCCCCUAAUUGCUCCCCACCCAUACAGUUAUUUUUCUCUUUCUCUUCCCUUUAUCAAAAUGGUACCGCCAUCCAUCAGCCAAUUGCUCAAAAUAAGCACCCAGGAGUUAUCUUAGUUUCUUUCUCAUUAGUACCCUAUAUCCAAAUCCACCUGCAAUUCUUGCUGAGUCUUUACCUAAUUUAUGCCCCAAUCUGGCCACUUCUCUAUUUCUACUUACUGCUAAUACCCUGGUCCUAGCCACCAUUUCUCUUAGCUCAGAUAUUAGAUUUAUAACUAGAUUUUGUACUUUCUGUCUUCCUCCUUGAUAAUUCAUUUUUUAUACAGCUGCAGACUUAAAAUUAUAACAGAUAAUUUACACCAUUACUUACAGUCCCUCAGUGGCUUCCCAUUGAAUUUAGAAUCCAAAUCCUUGCUGUGGCCCAAGAAGCCACAUGAUAUGAAUUCACCUCUUCAGUGUCUCUGCUUGCUCAUAAUACUCUGAUCAUUCUAGCCUUCUUACAGCUGCAAUUCUGCAAUUCUGUUCUAUUAUAGUCCUUUACUCAGAAAAUUUCAUGAACUGGGUGCUUUUAGUACACUAUUUCCCCCUUAUCUACAGGAGAUACAUUUCAAGAUCCCCAAUGGGUGCCUGAAACUGCAGAUAGUACCAAACCCUAUGAAUGCUAUAUCUUUCCUAUAUACAUCUAUGCUAAAGUCAUUUACAAAGUAGGCACAUUAAUUGAUUACCAACAAUAGGUGAUAGAGAGCAAUAUAAGUUACUUAAGUUACUUAAUUGUUUGUUUUGGGUAUUAUCUAUUUAAUAUUUUUGGACUGUGAUUUUUGAAAUUGUAGAUAAGGAAGGACCUCUGUGAUAGGACAAAUAACGUACUUAAUGGAGAAAGGAUAGUCUAGGAAUGAAACUUGGAGACUGGUAUUGUCCUCCUCCUCCCCUCAGCCAGGAUCCACUGGGCAUGGGGGAGGCAGGGAUGAGAUCUUUCAGAAUCUCUGCUCACUUAUUUCUUUGUCCAGUCCUUUGUCCUUUCCAGCCCCUUGUCAUCUCUCUUGCUUACUUUAUACCUGUGCUCCUGUUGUAUGCCCAGAGCUGCCUCUUAUGUAGUUGCUCCCACCUGUAACAUCAUUUGAGGUUACUAACCCCCAAGCUUGUACAAAUAGUCAGAUAUAGUUUCUCCUGUUCCUUCCUCUGUUGCCCCCAAAGGAAAGUUUACAAACUCCUUUGUGUUAAAUAUUUGGUUGCUAAUCUCUGUAGGAUAGUAACAAAAAGUUGCAAAGUUCUUGGAGCUCUUGUGUCUCUUCACUCCAGCUGAGAAAAAACAUUGUGAAGGAAAGGGUCUCAGUGGCCUAUAAUUGAGGGGUGCCUCUAUUAUAGACCCUCCCUUUCCAGUGAAAGCAAAAGCCAGGUGCCACCCCAAACACACCUGUGCCUCAAUAUAGACCCUUGGGAUCCUUUGAUCUCUGAUACUUUUUUCUUCCCUUCGGUGGUGCCUGGGGUACUAAAGUUUGUCUAAUUCUUUUCAUCUCUUCUGUGCCUGGGAGGGGAGGUGUCAGCCCCUGUUCACAGGUUACCCCCAGAGGCUAGGCAGAAGCUACUGGAGUAAGUGCGUAGGUGAAGUUGAACUUGACAGACAACAGGUGUGUUGCUCUUAGUACAGUCCUGUUACUUUCUUCAGAGUGAGGCUGGAGAAGGAGGAUUUCUCCAGCUUCCAUAGGCCUGGGAUGGGAUGGGGGUGUCUGGAUUACCUGGGGCUGAGGCCUUCAGGUUUAAACAGUUUCCAAGGAAUCUGAUAAAUUUGGGCGCCCCCCUGUGGUUCUGAGUGAAAUGUGUCCCACUUACCUCUGGGGAAAGAGAGCAGUGUGAUGGGAGGAACAUCCUCUACAGCCUUGCUGCCUUAUAGCCUGGCCCACCCACCAGGAGUGUCAACAUCUCGGAACUGGGAACUGACUUCAGACUUGCUUUAUCACCCUUUGCACUUUUAGCAAGAUUUGCACACUAAAGUCUGAAGGGCAUUCUCUGGCAGUCCCUAAAAUAUGACCCUAAAUCCUCUUACCCCACUAACUUCAAGGCAGGGCUGACUCUCCUUAGGUAUUCUAGAGACACAAUAGGCCACAUCCUAAAUGUGUUCUCCUAGCCACUUCCAAGUGUAUGCUUUAUCCAGGACAACAUUAAUGGUUCUCCUUUGGGCUUUAGAUCAACCUUUUCAAACCCUGGGCUGAGGGCAGGGAGAUGGAAUGGCCCAGCCCCCAGAGCCAGCCCAUUCACCUCUGUAAGUUGUUUUGAUCACAUGGUAUGUACGACAGAAGGCCUGAGUUAUGCACCGCUCUCCUCACCAGGGCACCUGAACCCCUGUGGUAGUGUAUGGAUGCAGUUAUAUAAGCACCUUUAUGGGAUUGACCCCAUGAGCAUUUGUCUAAUUCACAGUUUCCCCCAACAGUUUUGCACUGUGCCUCCAUCCAGAUUGCUUCUUCAAGCCAUCUGGUUCUAAGGUGAAUUUCUUGUGGAGCUUGGCUUUCCCCAAAGCCAUGUAUCUUCUUUCAUGGAGUCUGGAUUCCACUUUGGGGCCUGGCAAAAUAGCGCAUUAGAGAUCUGUAGCCCUGGGCUUGACUUCCUCCCCCAACCCCCAGCCCCAGCCCCAGCCCCAGCCCCAGCCCUAGCUGAGUUUGUGCCUGCCCUGCCUUUGUCAAGGGACAUUGGCUGGCUGGUGAAAGAGUGUACUUGGAAGCUUUGGAAAGUAUGAAGCUGCUGGAAUUUAAGUUUCAGAUGAAACCCAAGUGUCUUUCUAAUGCUCACUAGGGCUAGCAAGAAGGUGAAAUCUAGUGGUUGAGAUGUAUCUGGGGAAUAAGUCUCUUCUCCAGAGGGGAAGUUGAUAUUUCUAGAAUCUUCACAGGGGGAUGUGUGGUAUUGUUGGCAGCAGGGAAUGCUCCCAUGUAGAAGAACAGGUGCAUUGGUGUGUUUAUAAAAGUGUUGUCCGACUAAGGUGCAGUUUGGGGCAGUCAAGUCUAAGUGUGGAAUGCAGUGUGUGAUUCAGCUAUCUGAGUCCAGAGACCUUGGGUUCUGGUUUGGUGGCCUUGAAGGAGUCCCUCAGACCUUUCCAAGUCUGUUUCCUCCCUUUUCAAUUAGGAGGUUGUGAUGGUUGAUUCCUCAGGUCUCUUCCCGCUCGGUCAUGCUCAGCACCCAGCCUGAGCCAGGGUCUUCUGCUCUUGUUUUUACUGUGAUUUUCUUUCUGUGUCUCUAUUCCUGGGGGUCAGCCACUCCCCAUGCUAGUUUCCUUACCUGACUUGUUGCUCACUGAGGAGCUGAAAUUUAGCUUUUUGGAAAUUGUGUGUUACUCACUGGAAAUGCAGGAAGCUUGAGCAUGAAACUCUCUCAUCAGAAGAAAAAAAAAAAAAGAAGAAAACCACAUACGGAGCAAGAAACCGCAGGGCCUAUCAGCUCCUCGUCAUCGCGCAGACUAGAAUAGUGCAGAAAGCUCUAGGCAGAGAGGAAAUGAACUUGAGAGAAGGGGGAACACAGGCCAAGAAGAGAGAGGAGCGAGGGCGGGAGCCCGGGCGGCGAUGGUCAGGAUGGAAGAGGUGGCGGUAAAGCAGGGCUUCCUGCACCUUCAGCAGCAGCAGACUUUUGGCAAGAAGUGGCGCCGGUUUGGAGCUGUGCUGUAUGGAGAGUCAGGCUGCGCCCUGGCACGGCUAGAGCUCCAGGAGGGCUCAGAGAAGCUUCGUCGGGGAGAGGCCAGCCGGAGGGUCAUCCGCCUCAGUGACUGCCUGCGGGUGGCUGAGGCAGGUGGGGAGGCCAGCAGCCCUCGGGACACCAGUGCCUUCAUUCUGGAGACCAAGGAGCGUCUGUACCUGCUGGCAGCCCCUACCGCUGAGCGUGGUGACUGGAUGCAAGCCAUUUGUCUCUUGGCCUUCCCCGGGCGGAGGAAGGAGCCCUCAGGGCUGGAGGGGAAGAGUGGCAGGCCCUGCAUGGAGGAGAAUGAACUGUACGGCAGCUCGACCUCAGGGGUCUCCCUCAAGGAAUUUGCUGUUACCGUGAGACCCACAGAAGCCAGUGAGCGGUGCCGGCUCCGAGGACCUUACACGCUCCGGUUGGGGGUGAGUGCUCUGGAGCUGUGGAGUGGCCCUGAUCCAGGCACCCAGCUGUACGACUGGCCCUACAGGUUCCUGCGACGCUUUGGGCGGGACAAGACCACCUUUUCCUUUGAGGCGGGCCGGCGCUGUGUCUCUGGAGAGGGCAACUUUGAGUUUGAAACCCGGCAAGGCAACGAGAUCUUCUUGGCCCUGGAAGAGGCCAUUGCUGCCCAGAAGGAUGCUGCCCCUCCUGGGCCCCCACCCCCACCAGCCACAGUGUCCACAGUGCCCACUGUGCUGCCCCGGCCGGAGAGCCCCUACUCCCGGCCCCACGACUCACUGCCACCACCUUCACCCAGCACGCUGGUGCCUGCGGCGCGCUCCGAGGGGGAAUAUGCUCUGCCCUUUGAUGCAGUAGCCCGCAACCUCAACCUGGGGAAGAGCUUCAGGGCCAUGCUGGCAGGCCCUCCCCUGCUCCUGGCUGACCCUCUGUACGAGGAGCCCUCAGCCCCUCCACCUGACCACAUAUAUGAUGAGCCUGAGGGCAUGGCCUCCCUGUCUCUGUAUGACAGUCCGCAGGAGCCCCAGGGUGAGGGGUGGAGAAGGAAGGCCACUGUGGAAAGGGGCCCCAGCAUCCUGCAGCAGGACUUGUCUGUCUCUGGCUGGCCACAGGAAACUGAGUAUGACAAUGUUGUGCUGAAGAAAAGCCCAAAGUGAUGCGGAUGUCAAGAUGGGGCCACCUCGAAGUACAUGGGGGGUGGUGGCUGGAGACUGUGGGGGAGGAAGCCUGUCUCCCCUUCCAGCUUGGCCAGUGCGUGGAGCAUCUCUGUGGGCUCCUUCUGCAGACCCAGGCCUGGCCUGCCCUGUUUGGCCUGAGGGAUUCUCCCUCCCAGGGCGCACUGAGUCACCAGCCCUGAGCAGGCAGAGUGUCCUGGAGAGACCCACCCUCCUCCCACUCCUUUCCACUUCCUCUUUUCUUUCUUUGACCCUAAAAGGAACCUGGGGGCAUUUAGGGCAGAGGAGAAAAGGAUAGCCACAGUCUCCUUGACUCCCCCCACCCCAUGGUUCCUUGGCUUGUGCUGGCCUCCUGCUUGCUGAGGUCCUUCCCUGGGACAGCCUUAGCUCCAGGCACCCAGGAGGAUGGCUGCAGCUUUCUGCAGGUUUCAGAUUUCUCUGUGGCAUUAAAAUGUUUUUGAACUA